AUGGCAGAUAGCAUAGUCAGAGACGCUUUCGCGUCAAUUCGAGGCCAGGACGCGCCACUAUCUGCCACAACCUCUCUUGUCCUCUUAGCUGCUCUUUUCGUCGCGUCUACUUGGGUGUAUUCACGCUUCCAGGGGGACAAGCCAAAGGAUGACUUUCCUCCGUGGGUUCCGCUUGAGGUUGGCGUGAGCAGCGCAUUGAUUCAAGCUGGUGGCACUGCUUCAAACAUUUUUUCGCUCCUUUCGCGCGGUAAAGGGUCCCUCUUCGGGCUCACCUCACGACACCAAAUCCUGCAUAACCUCGACAACAUUGACAGAGUGUUCACCAAGGGACCACAUAUUCUGAGCGCCGACGUUUUGGGAUUGCGUUUGGGCAUUCGCGUUUUCGGUGCUAACCUGACUCAAGAUGUCCGCCAAAAAUUUAUGGCCAUGAACAGAAAGUUGACGCAGAUCAUCGAACGAUACUUUGUAAACGAGGCCUCGGCAACAGCUUCAAUCCAGGCCGCCCAUAUUCCAGAAAAGGUGGCCCAGCUGCUUAGUUUUUCAUCGGAUGCUCAGAAACAACACCAGUGGGAGCGAUUUGCAUCCGUUCAAGUUAUAUCGGGUAAUUCUAAAGGACAACCGGAUGCUGUUGAAGCAGAUCUUGAGUUGCUCAUGAGAGACUUUGGCGCCUGUGUCUCCAUUCCGCGACUGUAUGGCCAGGACUUUUUGGAUCGCAACCAGGACCUCCUAGAAGACUUCUGGAAAUUUGACAACAACGCAUUCCCUCUACUCGUGAUUGGCGUGCCGACGUGGGCUCCUAUCAAGUCUUUCAAAGAGGCUCUCGCGGCUCGCACUCGCCUCCACGAUGCGCUCGAAGGGUUUUACAACCGCUUGAAUCAACACAAGCGCGGCCUCCCAGUGGACUUUGACGCCGAUAUGAGCGAUGUUAGUGCCGCUGCCAUGGAGAGAAAUAACUUUCUCGAGGAGAACGAUGUCCCCAUGCGCGCGCGAGCAGAGCUCGAAUUGGGCACUUUUUGGGGCUUAAACGCCAACAUGCAACCGAUGGUUUUCUGGCUUCUGCUCUAUAUACACUCUACUCCUAGGCUAUUGGAUGAGUUGCGGGAGGAGGUCAGCUGUUGCAUAUCUUUAUCGACGGCAACUUACCCGCCACAGAUCACCGCGUUUGACUUUUCACGACUAAGCCAUGAGUGUCCUCUUCUAAAGUCCUGCCUCUUCGAAACCUUUAGACUGGUUGAAGAACCAACAUCUAUUCGAUAUGUGUCAAAACCCAUGACGGUGCCCGAUGGCAGUCACGAGCACCACUUCAAGGCGGGAACCUGGCUUUCAGCCCCUCACGCCCUUCUCCAAUCCGACCCAUCCAUCUUUCCCGACCCCGACAGGUUUAUUCCGGAUAGGUUCAUUGAAACAGAUAAAGAGACAGGUGCCCGAGUCGCCCGAUACGGAAAGCUUAAACCCUGGGGAUCCGGAUCGGCAGUAUGCAAGGGAAGGACGUUUGCUGAGAAAGAGGUCAUGGGCAUUGUUGCUUGCUUCAUCACGCUAUGGGAUAUGGACAAUGCUGAAGGCUCGUGGAAGCUCCCUAGCAUGAUUCCCGGUACUGGAGUCAAGCGCCCACAGAAGGCUAUUCGCGUUGUCCUCAAGCGCCGCAGUUUUGUAUAA